AUGGUAUUUACCCGUACUGCUGGUGCUGCGGCGCGUUGCUUGCCUCGCCUUUCCUCCUCCCUCCUCAGUGCUUCCCCGCACUUUGCUCGCUCCGCAGCAACUCCCUCCAUUCGUUCGUCCAUUGCCAAACGCACACUGACCGCGACUGCUUCUCGCCAGGGCAAAGUUCUUCUCGUACUCUACGAUGGGCAUGAGCAUGCCAGAGAUCAACCCCGCCUUCUCGGUACCACCGAGAACGAGCUAGGUAUUCGAAAAUGGCUUGAAGAUCAGGGACACACCUUGGUUACCACCUCUGACAAGGAGGGCGAAAACUCCAAGUUUGACCAGGAACUGGUAGAUGCCGAAGUCAUCAUCACCACUCCCUUCCACCCUGGUUACCUCACCGCCGAACGUCUGGCAAAGGCAAAGAAGUUGAAGAUUGCCGUCACCGCUGGUAUUGGCUCAGACCAUGUCGACUUGAACGCCGCCAACAACACCAACGGUGGUAUCACCGUUGCCGAAGUGACUGGCAGCAACGUUGUGUCCGUUGCCGAACAUGUGGUCAUGACUAUCCUGACUUUGGUCCGCAACUUCGUUCCUGCUCAUGAACAAAUUGAACGAGGAGACUGGAAUGUUGCCGCAGUGGCCAAGAACGAGUAUGACCUCGAAGGCAAGGUCGUCGGCACUGUUGCUGUUGGUCGUAUCGGUGAACGUGUGUUGCGCCGCCUCAAACCGUUUGACUGCAAGGAGUUGUUGUAUUUCGACUACCAGCCCCUCAAGCCAGAGGUGGAGAAGGAGAUUGGCUGCAGACGUGUCGAAGACCUUGAGGAGAUGUUGGCUCAGUGUGACGUUGUCACCAUCAACUGCCCUCUCCACGAAAAGACUCGCGGGCUAUUCAACAAGGAAUUGAUCUCUAAGAUGAAGAAGGGAUCUUGGCUCGUCAACACCGCUCGUGGUGCCAUCGUCGUCAAGGAGGACGUCGCCGAGGCUCUCAAGUCAGGCCAUCUUAACGGUUACGGCGGUGAUGUGUGGUUCCCUCAGCCUGCGCCAAAGGAUCACCCACUCCGAACUGCCAAGAACCCAUGGGGAGGUGGAAAUGCCAUGGUUCCCCACAUGUCUGGAACAUCUAUCGAUGCUCAAGAGCGCUACGCCGCUGGUGUGAAGUCCAUCCUCGAGAGCUACUUCUCUGGUCGUCACGACUACAGGCCUCAGGAUCUCAUCGUCUACCAGGGCGAUUAUGCCACCAAGGCAUAUGGUCAAAGAACCAAGAAAUAA